GAAGCUGACUACUCCUGGUGGUAAGAGUCUGGCAUGGAUAAACAUAUCAUUCUUACAAUCCUCUCAUCUUGUAUUCUAACAGUUCUAGGCCUCGGUCCUCCGUUCCCAGGGGAUGACUUUAUCCGAAUUAAGGAGCUUCCUCCAGCAGCAGUUAUAGCAAGAAACUCUGGAGGAUUAACCCUCUCAUGUUCUAUGGCUGGAAGUCCUACCCCUUCUGUAGCUUGGUUUAAGGAUGGUGUUCAUCUUGCAGGAACCCAGGACAAUCCUGGUGGUCUCGGAGAAACCUGGGCCAGACUAAAUCUUCCCUGUAUUACCGAAGAAGAUGCAGGAAUCUAUGAGUGCCGUGGAGAGGCUAAUGGUCAUCAGACAACUACUUCAACCAAGGUUGAUGUAAUUGGACACACCCAUUCUGGAUGCAUUCCCCGGAACAGAGGUGGAAGUGCACCUAAAAUUACUGGCUGGUACAGCACAGUCAUGAUUACAUCUGGGCUUUCAGUCAAGCUUUCAUGUUCAGUAAAUGAUGAUGCUGGUAAGGUGAAUGUGGUGUGGAAGGAUGCUAUGGGUAAAGAAGUUAAAGAAUCUGAUACUGUAGCACUUCAUGGUCAUGACCUUUACAUUAAUGGUGUUGACUGGUCACACAUGGGAAGGUUCACAUGCACAGCACAGAAUGGAUUUGGAGUUGACAUGAUCUCCACAUUCCUUUAUCCAUUGGCACCUGCUUUUUCAGACCUAUCCAAUAUGGUCUGAAUUUAAAAAAUGCCCAUUGAAAACAGUAUCUUUGACAUAGCUAUAUAGGAACCUAAGAUUUUCAAAGAGUUUGCGCACAGAUUUAAAUUAGUCCGGACUCAAAUCCAGGGGUUAUUGGCUACAUUGGUUAUAUUGUAUAGAUCAUUUAAUAUAAAAUAUUAGUAAUUAUAAGUGAUGAUAUUCUUAACCCCUGAUGAUGCAGACAUUAUUUAUUAUAUGUGAGUAAUUUUAUAAAUCUAUUUUAUACUAGUACUUAAGAAAAAUAUAUAUAGAGGCUGAA